UGUUCUUGCUGCCGGCUGGGCGUUGAUUACUUUCGGUUGACCCCAACGUGAUUGUUUCUUGUAUCCACCACAGUCCUAAUUUCUUGCCAAUAGAGUCUGUAGAUGCGUCGGGAGUAGCCACAGCUCAGCAAGAGAAUCGAGUCAACUAUUACCUCUACCUUCAUCGCAUCCGCUCACCUCUCCAAUAUAGCAAUGACUAGCAAAGAUGUCCCCGCCUGCGACCAGGCGGAGGACUUCAAGGACACCGCAGAGGUCGAGGUGUCGCAGGAGAGCAAGGUGGAGAGAAGCCCCUCGAGUCUCAAGGAGUCGGCCGACUCGCCUGAGCCCGAAUAUCCUGGGCCUGUACAGGUCGCCCUCAUCAUGAUCUGUAUCCUGUGUGCCAUCUUUAUCAUGUCGCUGGACCGCACGAUCAUUGCAACCGCGAUUCCUCAGAUCACCAACGAGUUCAACAGCCUGGGCGAUAUCGGGUGGUAUGGCAGUGCGUUCAUGGUAACCGCAUGCUGCUUCCAGCUCCUGUGGGGCAAGGUGUACGGCUUCUACCCGGCCAAGUACGUCUUCCUGGCGCUGGUCUUUCUCUUUGAAAUCGGGUCGUUGAUCUGCGCCACGGCACCCAACUCACUCGCCUUUAUUCUGGGGCGAGCGAUCGCCGGCAUGGGGAGUGCGGGUAUCAUGUCCGGGGCUAUCGUGCUUAUGAUGUCGGCGGUGCCACUGCACAAGCGGCCACUGUAUAACGGCUUCUUCAGCGCAGUACUGGGCACCUCUUCCGUGGUGGGCCCCCUGCUGGGAGGCGCCUUUACCAGCGAGGUCAACUGGCGCUGGUGUUUCUACAUCAACCUGCCGAUCGGGGGUGCCGCCAUGUUGGUCAUCUUUCUGGCGCUGAAGCCCACACCCGCGAUGCACCCGGGGCUGACGCUUCGGCAGAAGCUGGCCAGGCUCGACCUUCUCGGCGAGCUCUUUCUCUUCUCCGCGUUGAUAUGCCUCUUGCUAGCCCUGCAGUGGGGUGGCAGCAAGUACGCCUGGAGCAAUUGGCGCGUUAUCCUGCUGUUCGUGAUGUUUGGCCUCUGCCUGAUAAUCUGGGUGAUGGUCGAGGUGUACACCCCGGCGACGGCGACGAUUCAGCCGCGGGUGAUUGGGAACCGCAGCGUCGUGGCGGCGAUGUGGUUUAUGUUCUGUCUGGCAUCGACGAUGUUGAUGCUGCUCUACUACCUUCCCAUCUGGCUGCAGGCGAUCAAGGACCGCACCGCUGUGCAGUCCGGCAUCGACACCCUGCCGCUGGUGCUCUCGCUGGUCGCCGGCAGCACGUUGUCCGGCCAGCUGGUGGGCCGGCUGGGAUACUACACCCCGUUCACCAUUGCCUCCUCGUGUCUGAUGCCCCUAGGCGCUGGGCUGAUUUCCACGUGGCACGUUGACACGAGCGCCGGCAUGUGGAUUGGCUACCAGAUUAUCCUGGGCUUCGGGAUCGGGUUAGGCAUGCAGCACGCCGCCAUCGCCGUUCAGACCGUCCUCCAGCCCCGCGACAUCCCCGUCGGCGUCUCCCUUGUCUUCUUCUGCCAGCAGCUGGGCGGUACCAUCUUCGUCUCCGUGGGCGAGAACGUUUUUGACCAUAAGUUGAUUGCCGGCCUGACCCACGUCCUCGACGACCUCGACCCCGAAACCAUUAUCAACACCGGCGCCACCGAUCUGCGCAGCAUUGUUCCGACCAAAGACUUGCAUGCCGUCCUGGUGGAGUAUAACACCGCUCUGCGCUGGGUGUUCAUCGUCGGCACCAUCAUGGCCGCACUCUCCGCCUUGGGCGCAUGUGCACUCGAGUGGAAAAGCGUCAAGGGGAAGCAAGGCGGGCCUGGUGACGAGGAGGAUGAGUAGUAGUAGCGGCCCACUCAGUCCACUCGGGGUCCGGGAGGAGGAAAGAGUGUUCUGGAGGUAUUGCUUAUGUUAUAUUGAGGGGUGAAGAGAGUUGAGGUGUUGGGGCAGAGGACGUGAUUCUUUGAGGAAGUGGGAGAAGCAAACAGCUAACGCUAACCGAAGCAUGACUUGUUCCUACGCUUGGACCUGAACGAUCUUUUUUUCCAUAACUAUAUGUAUAUGAGUAUAUAUACAUAGCUAGAUAUCAACACCCUUGCCUUCUGGCGACAAUCUCAAUUUGGAGAAAAGAAUCGGUAAUUAUUACUGACCCUAUGUCUC